AAACCAAAGAUGGGGGGAUGAUAGCCCUCACUGGAAUACAAUUAUAUCCUUAAACUGACAGUUUACUUAAUUAUUAUUGUAAUUUUUUAAAGCUAUAAAAAGGCUUUUCAUUUAACAAAAACAUAUUUUUGUUUUAAACUAAACCUGACAAUGAUCUAGGACCCCCCCCCUCCGACAGCAGUUAAAUGGGUGUGUCUGUUGUUGCUCAACGUUUGCUCUGUCCCUGUCCGUCCAGCGCUUUCCUCUGGUUUACACUCUUCAAAAAAUGUCUUGAACAGGCUAUCCCUGCUGCCUCACAUGGCUAGGAGGUCGACAGCUAACUUAUCAGACGGUUUCAUGGUUGGACCAAGUGAAAAGAGCAGGUGAAUAACAGAGGAGAGAAGGUGAGCAGGGACCACCAUGGAGGCUGCAUUCCCCUCCUUCCUCUCUGCCUCUAACCAUCUGUCCUGGUUCAUCUUUGCUCUGUUUACUUCAUGGAUGAUCCUGGGUUCAGCAGACACAAAGCAGACAAGAUGGCCAUUAUACUCCCAGAAGCCAGUUCUUCUGGUGUGGAACGCUCCCACUCAGGAGUGUGGGACACGACGGGGUGUUACGUUAUCAUUGGACCAGUUUGACAUUGUGGCAACCCCCAAUGAGGGUUUUGUCCGGCAGAAUCUCACAAUGUUCUAUAAGGAACGCCUCGGGCUUUAUCCCUAUUAUGAGACUGACGGUGCUGCGGUGAAUGAGGGGCUUCCACAGCUUGUUAGGCUUAUCGAGCACUAUGAAAAGAUGCCUCAGGGUCUAGACAAAUACAUACCAGACCAUCAGGCCAAAGGUCUGUCUGUCAUUGAUUGGGAGGAGUGGCGGCCCCUGUGGAUCCGAAACUGGGAUGCCAAAGACAUCUAUAGAAGGAAGUCGCGUGAAUUGGUGGCCCAAAAAAACCCCAAGUGGACCCAAGAGCAAGUUGGGAUUGUUGCACAGCAAGAGUUUGAGCUUUCGGCUCGCAAGUUCAUGCAAGAGACCCUGAGACAAGCUAAAAGUCUGAGACCUAAUCAGCUGUGGGGUUUCUACCUGUUUCCUGAUUGCUACAACCAUGACUACAAAGCCGGGCUGAACAACUACACAGGACGUUGUCCUGCGGUUGAGAUAAAGCGCAACGAUCAACUGAACUGGCUGUGGAAGGAAUGUACGGCUCUUUUUCCCUCUAUAUACAUGGGUUCUGUGCUGCGCUCUACAAAUCAUGGACGCUUGUUUGUGAGGAACAGGCUGAAGGAGGCGAUGCGCCUUGCAUCUGUAGGGAAUGGUUCGGCACGUCCUGUUUUUGUGUAUACCAGACCCACUUACAACAGUGAGAUGACCCUUUUAACUGAGAGAGAUUUGGUCUCCACCAUUGGUGAGAGUGUUGCCAUUGGAGCUGCGGGUGUGAUCUUCUGGGGGGACACCUCCUAUGCAAGUAGUACCAGCUGCUCUACCUUGAAUAACUAUCUGCUAGGACCACUGGGCCAUUACCUCCUCAAUGUGACCAAAGCAGCGGAACAGUGCAGCCGGAUGUUGUGCAAUUUUCGUGGCCGCUGUCUUCGCCGAGCACCGGACAGCGACGCUUAUCUGCACCUCAACCCCUCCACUCAAAGCAUAAUUUCUCAGGGUGGGAAAUUGAAGGUCAGGGGAUCCCCUGGGCAGGAAGAGCUGAAGACUUUCCGCAUGCACUUUAAGUGCCAGUGCUACACCGGGUACAGGGGUGAUGUCUGUGAGCAGAGAGAAGGAGGGUGGAAUAGAGGCCCCUCCAUUUUAGGGACCUGGCCUCUCUGCUUUCUGCUUCCACUCGGACUUCUCUCUGUUCUUCACUGAGGAACCUAAGAAGCUUAACGAUUCACCAACUGUGCCAUUGCUCAAACAGAAAGUUUUGGUAAUCUGGCAUAGAAAUGAAAUGAAGUUUGUUGCGCUUUAGGAGCAGCAGGUACUCGCUGCUGGAUUCAGAGGGUUUUAUUACAGCGCAGACUGAAGUAAAACCACAGUUUGUUUUCUGGAAAUAAUUUUUUUUGUAUUUAUUUUAUGAAAAAUAACAGUUCAUUUAAAAACUGGAAAUUUGAAUAGAUGUGUAGCUGAUAAUAGUGUUGAAACAGUAGAUCUAUCUGCAUAAUGUCCUAAUUAUUGGGCAAAGACCUGGUUAAAUCAAAUUUUGAAUGGCAAAUACAGCCUUAAACAUAAAAUAUGCCAGAUUUCUAAAAAAAAAAACAAAAAACGCAAGACUUAAUUCUCUUUUAUCCUUAUAGAAACAGUGUAGCUGGACCUUCCUGUUUCACCUUGGUUUUGUGCCUUAAGACGUUUACAAAGUGCUAUUUUUAUAUCUGCCUUUUAAGACCAAAUUUUCCUGUUUUUCAGCUUGGUGCUUUAAAUAGUGGUAUUACACUAAUGCCUUUCAGCUUUUUGGAUUCUACAGUCAUAUCAAGUACAUUGGAAUAACGUUGAAAAGGUCAUUCGGAUAAAAAAGGAAUAAAAUAUGUACUUAAAGUAUGUUUAAAACCUUUAAUUUGACAGAUGAGCUUUAAUUCACUGAGGAUGACUUAACUGUAUUUUGAUAUGCCGAAACGAAUAACAUUAGUUUACACGUUUUUUAAACUGUGAAACGAGUUAUGCCAAAAAAUAUUGUAUUAAUUGGCAUUCAGGUAAUGUCAUUUCUGCCUUUGUUUUAUCUUAUUAAAGGUUUCAUUGUCUUAAAUCAAGUUUCAAUAAGUUAUCAUAAAGCACAGUUUUAUAUCAAUAUUAAAACAACUUCUGAUGUCAGCUCUUCAUGAUGGGAACUACAUUAGCUGAUGGAACAGGUUCAUAUUUCUAGACUGGCUGGUCCUAUUUCUGUAAAUCUUCAGUGCACAGACAGGUCUGCAAUAGUGUCUUGUAUAUGUAGCUCAUUCCUGAGUCUGCACUUUAUAUACUUUGUAAAUGAGGCUUCAUUGUGUAUUUGUUCUUGUGAAAAGUUGUGUCCUGUAAGCCUUUGGUCUGUGCAGAGCAGAACAAGAUGCUUUUACCAUUAUGGAACUGUAUCCCACUGUGUGAAUUUUGUCCAAACUAGUGGGAAGGUUAUUGGUGUGCAUUUCUAAGCAUGUCUCCAAAUUUUGGGGGCAUGUGAUCAAAAAGCUGAACAUGCAUUCCUCUGUGCCAUUCUGUUUUAUAAGCAGAGUUGUCUCAAUGUUUAUAAGACUUACUAGAAAUAUAAAAAUUCUAUUUGCCAUAAUAUACAGCAUUCUUUUUUUAUCUGCUAAAAUCGAAAUGUUACGUAUCUUAAACAUUUCAUAUUUUAACCUGGAUAAUUACAAUAUUAAAAAUAUGG